GGCAGUCCUUCGUUGAAAAGGUAGCAUCAUGUCGACGAUGAAAAACACAACGACCAUUAAGGUAGGCGUCAAGAUACCGAACCGCGACGCUGAACUUUUGGAACUGGACCUGAGCGCCCCCCUGGCAGACUUCGUUGAAGACCUCUGCAGACGGGAAGGGAUUGCGAAUGCGAAAGAUUAUGCUCUCGCGUUUGCAGAUCGCAAGACUGGAUACAUCGUCGAGUCGAGAAAGCAAGACAUCAAGAAUGGCGACCUGCUUCAGCUGACAGAUUCUCCAUCCAAGAAGCGACAGGAGAUUAUUAGGAACCUUAACUUUGGUGCCAUGGACGGUAAAGUGUCGGCUUUAUGUAUGUUACUUGAACGGGUGACGGAUCCAGUCUUCGUCACAGAGUUCAUCAGCAACGACGGACAUAAGUUGCUCGUAAGUGCCAUGGAAAAUGGACUCUUUAGAGGCAAGAUAAUGGGUAAGGCUUCGCAGUGCUUCGAAGGUCUUAUGGAUCACAGCGUUGUCUCGUGGGAUAUUGUGAGUGAGAAGUUUGUAACCCGGCUGAUAAGGCACGUGAGUUCUGCCACUCGUAUCGAUAACGUCGGCGUUGACACGUCGCUGUCCAUAUUGGAAUCUGCGGCCACGCAACGCUCGGACCUCUACAGUGUUAUACGUACGACAAUGCCCUUUGGAAACUACGUCAACUUUGUAGGAGUCGGUUCGAUACCGGUGCUGAAAAACGCGAUCGCCCUUUUGAACAUUAUGUUCAAACGAGCAGAUUACGCGGAACGACGUUCUCUAGAAGGGCUCAUAUUAAAAUUUGGGCUCAAGAAUAUGAUAUGGCACCGUGUGUCCCACAUAACCCAAGUGGAUAUUGAGCUGGCCCACCAACUAUUCGUGAUGCAGUCUCACCUUUUGAAUUUGUACGGAGAAAUGAGAAAUUCAAUGUUUGACUUGAUGGACUCGAGUCACGAGCAAAAGAUCAAGUUGCUGCUCAGGUAUGGGUUUGAUAUUGACCCAGACGCCCAAGAAACGCCAGAUGAGCAUCCUUCGAAUCUCUUAUUAGCUGAAUCCAAGACGCUUGGGUACACAGCAGCGCCAAUGAAGGACUUUAUGAAGCCGUGCGGAAAAUUAGCUCUAUAUUCUCUCGCAUAUUUCGCGGAGCAUGACAGCGCGAGUUUCUCGAGACUGGUACAGGAGAACAGUACCUCGUCGCAGGAACACAGCUGCCCUCUCGUUGCGAGCAGCAUCAAGCUUGUGGAACUUCUCUGCGACCUCUUCCGCAUCGGAGAAACCGUGGCGGAGCAGGGUAUCUUCUACCCCAUGUUCUUUUCGACUCGCUACUUCUUUGAAGAACUCUUUAUUGUGGGAAUGAAGCUCGUCUUCAAGACCUGGUGCGAAAUGAGGGCGACGACGGAAGACAUCGACAAAGUGUUCGGCAUCGUUCGCGAACAAAUCAUCCGUACUCUAAAAAGCGAGCAGAACAGUCCAACAAUCCAGGAUUUCAGGACAUCCUUAUGGCAGAUGCCCUACUCUGUAGUUGUUAGUCAGCUGCAGAAGGAAAGAGCAGAGAGGGAAGAAUGGGAAAGUCAGUCUGCGGCUGUUCGUCAACUGCGUCAAUCCCUCGUGUCCGAUGCCGUGGAGCUGGUUAAGACGAACAGACUGAAUUUUCUCUGCACGGGAACCAUGUUUCAACGCUACACACAAAAGGGACAGAGACUCAAGGGCAAGUACUGUUACGCGAUGCUCUCUGACAAUCACAAAUAUAUUCACUAUGGCGAAUGCGCUGCUGACGACGAGCCGAGACUCGAAGAGCUGCAACACACACAUAUGGUUUCAGAGAUAGAAGAACUACUCACUGGGUCGGACUGUCCUCAUACUCGAAAAGGUCACAAGGCCACCACCGAUCUGGCCUUCUCCAUUGUUCGUUGUUACGAAGAGCCGCCGCUGAACUUUGUGGCGCCAAACGAAGUUGUGUUUCAGUACUGGAUAGAUGGACUGAAUGCUUUAAUCGGUCGUCCCAUGACCAGUGAAGAGACCCAAAGGGACUUGGAGACGCUGUUGCACAUGGAGAUUAAAUUGCGUCUGCUUGAGACCGAAGGACUGAGCAUUCCGGAAGUGGCGCCUCCUAUUCCGUCUAGUCCAGAAAACUAUGAUUUUCAUUCUUGAAUACCUUCUAUCGAUGUUAAUGAAUAUAACGAAGCGCCAUAAUGAAACAGUGAUAGUGAAACAUUGCUUCAAGUCAGUUACGAUGUUACCGCGUAAAAAUGUUUUGGAUCAGAACAGCUCAUAUACGGUGCGUUAAUAAAUCAUGACG